AUGGAGACCCUCAUUCAAUAUUUACUUUUAACUCUCGCUCUGACCUCAGUUCAAAUAUCCUACACUGAGAGUCGUCUAAAUGAAAAACGCCGAGAUAAAACUGAAAGGAGAUACCACGCCGUUCAGGCUAAAGACAACAUGUGUGAAAUAGCAAACAGAGACUCCAAAGUCCACUGUUACUGUGAGAACACAGAAAUAAAAACAGCAACACGCGCUGACUGUUGGGUGUUCAACGGUGGCAUUGACGAAACUGAUCCUAUCUGGACCAGUUUUAACUCGCAACCCUUCCUGGAAAAGCUUACAUUCAAUAUACGCUCGGACGGAGCUCUUAAAUUCGUCCCACUCAACGUAAUUCAUAAGUUAAAGCGAUUGCAAAAAUUGCAAAUACACUAUGCGACGCUAAACAAAAUCGAGAAAAAGACGUUUACGAACAUGUCGACAGUAAGAGAAAUAACGUUAAUGAACAACAAAAUAAUGGAGCUGGACUUCUCCGCGUUCGCAAACCUCCCGUCGCUCGUAAACUUGACUAUAAAAGGAAAUAAAGUGACCGAGAUCCAGAGGGAUGUUUUCGUCGAUUUACCGAGUCUCAGAUAUCUCGAUUUAUCGUUUAACAGUAUUAAUCUAGCUCACGAUGGAUGUUUCGAACAUCUGAACCUACUCACCGAUCUCGUAUUGGAAGCUAAUUUAAUUUCGGUUUUAACUAGAGACACUUUUAGAGGUCUCGGUAAUUUGACGAGAUUGGAUUUGAGAUCAAACAAGUUAUCAAUGAUAGGAGACUUGACAUUUAUUGAAUUGUGGAACUUGAAUGAGCUCCUUUUAGACAAUAAUGAGUUGAAAUAUUUAUCGGAAAGGGCCUUUGAUGGUUUGACGAUGCUUCAAAAAUUAUCUAUGACUGGCAACAAAUUACAGACCAUUAACGAAGUGCUUUUGGAGGGUGUCAGAGGACUCGAAUUGCUGGAUUUAAGAAAUAAUGAAAUUAAACAAUUUUCCUAUGAAACGAUAAAACCGAUUUUAGAAAACUUAAAACUGAAAACUUCUGUUUUAUAUUUAAGUGGUAACAAAUUAAGAUGUGAUUGUCGGUUAUCCUGGAUUCAAGUAUUGCGUAAUGAAACGAAAAGUGAACCACUCAGACAGGCGCUCGACGAAGUCACUUGUAUACCAAAUAUUCCGGAAAAUGUCGAUAAUGGGAUGAAUACGAAUGACAAACUGACUGAUUUGGUUGAUGCUGAUUCUGAGGGUGAUUCACUUCAACAGGAUGAAAAUGACGAUGAAACCUACGAUGCUAAAAUUGAAGAUGACAAAUCAGAAAAUCAAGUAGUUCUCGUGGACAUGCCAUCAGAGACACUCCCGUGUCCAGGACAGUUGGGUCACAAUGGUGAAGAUUCAUUGAUGCUGUCUUCAAACGAUGAAAGUUAUUGGCAGCAAAGUUCCAGUGUUAAAGUCCUAUCGAACUGCUUCUUAUUGAUUCUAACAAUAUUACUGCAUUAA